UCAGUCUGGCAAAGCUAUGGCGGUCGGGCGGGGCUAGUGCUACGCAGCGACGCGUGUUCCGUGCUGGUUUCGCGACGCGGCGACGAGUGGCUGUCAUCUGUGAUGUGACGCGGCGAUGGCUCUGCACGCCGAAGCCUCCCGGGGCGCCGCCGGCCGCCUGCGGCUGGCCUGCUGUCUCGUCUGCUGUUUCCUGCUCGACCUGUGCUCCGGGAAUCUCAACCUGUACCUCAGCCAGCCCGAAGUCAGGCGCCUUCUCGGUCUGGAGGCGGAGCUGUUCUACGUGCGGGACGGCAUGGUCAACACGUACGCGCUCAACUUCGUGGUGCCCGUGCACCCGGGCAUCGAGAGCCUCCACUUCACCUGGCAGUCGCUCGCUGGACGACCGCUGCCGUACGAGGUGUCGGUGUGGGCGUCGGACCUGGAGGCGCUGUGGCCGCCGCAGCUGAACAUCAGCGCGCGCGGCGAGGUGCCGACGUACGCGCAGACGUGGCGCGUCACGCUGCCUUGCACCGGCCGCGCCGACGCCGAGGUGGACGUGGCGCUGUCCGUCAACGUGACGCUGCACCGAGCCACCAACAACGUCACCUCGCUGCUCUUCCGCCGCCGCAAGAUCUGCCGGAAGGGCGACCCCGAGAGCCAGCAGCCGUCGGUGGUGGUGGAUGCGGCGGCCGCCGUGUCGGAGGCGACGCCGACGCUGGUGUUCUACGUGGCGCUGGGCUGCGCAUGCGCGCUCAUCGUCAUCGUGCUGCUCGCCGUCGCGGGCUGCUACCUCAGGACUUCCAAGGCGCGCCGACACGGGCACAUCCUGCAGGAGUCGCGCCACGGCUCGGCCAGCAGCAGCGCGGCGGGCCACGCCUCCCUGCUGCCGCCGCCCCCGCCGCCGGCGCGCGCCACGUCGGCCGCCUCCAGCAACAGCUACGCCAGCCUCCGCACGUCCGCGGGGCCGCUGCCCGCCCCCGGCGCCGCCGCACAGCCGCCGGCCGACAUCCACGAGCGCAUCGCCCAGCUCACCAUACAGAGGUGUCGUGUGCGUCUGCGUAGUGUGGUUCUUGAAGGAACAUUUGGUAGAGUGUAUCGUGGUUCAUACACUCAUGAAGAUGGUGUGGAAGAGGAAGUGCUAGUCAAAACUGUGACAGAUCAUGCAUCCCAAGUACAAGUUUCAUUGUUACUGCAAGAGGGAAUGGCAAUGUAUGGCUUCAGCCACAAGAAUAUAUUGUCUGUGCUGGGUGUGUCCAUUGAAGACCACACUUCACCUUUUCUCAUUUAUCCAUAUCAUGGUUACACGAACCUGAAAAGGUUCCUGCAGAAAUGUAAGCUGUGCCCAGAAGGUGUAGCACAUACUCUGACAACACAGGAGGUGGUCGACAUGGCACUGCAGAUUGUGGCAGCAGUGCAAUUUCUGCACAAGAAGCGACUUGUGCACCGUGACCUUGCAGCACGGAACUGUGUUGUGGAUGAAAGGCUGCAUGUGCAGCUCACAGACUGUGCUCUCUCACGUGAUCUCUUUCCUGCUGACUACCAUUGUCUGGGUGACAACGAGAAUCGCCCUGUUAAAUGGCUGGCUACAGAAAGUCUCCUUCACAACAGCUAUUCACCAGCAUCUGAUGUCUGGGCCUUUGGAGUACUGCUCUGGGAGCUAACAACACUGGCACAGCAACCUUAUGCAGAGAUUGAUCCAUUUGAAAUGGCUGCAUACCUCAGUGAUGGUUUCAGGCUUGUGCAGCCUGUAAAUUGUCCUGAUGAACUGUUUGGUGUGAUGGCUUAUUGCUGGGCAAUGAGUCCUGAUGAAAGGCCAACAUUCAGUCAGCUCCAAGUGUGCCUUCAGGAUUUCUACACACAGUUAACAAGAUAUGUGUAGCAGAUACAGCUUUGCUUGUUUUGCUGCUACAUUUCUGACAUAUCACAAUGUCAUUACAAGCAGAAAUGGAAAAGACUGUAUCACUCUAUAAUGUUGUGUUAAAACAUAAAGUAGGCUGACUUAAGUGUGUGAUGCUGUAACAUUCCAAGAAAUCCUGUUUUACUGCCAUUAUGAGGUUUAUCCUCCAUUAAUUGAACAUCAUUAUUUGAGCACAACAGUCCAUCGAUAAAUUAUGUAUGUUGGGUGAUUAAUUUGCGUAACAGCUUUAGAGAUUUAGCAUCUCCUCAUCACCUACAUAACUUCUGUGAUUAGUAAUAUGAAUACAUUUUUAAACUAUCUCGCUUAUGCUUAUCAGAUUUAUCACUAUAUUAACUACAACAAUUUGAAAUAGUUUUUCUUGUUAUAAACUACAUUUUAUGCAGCGUUUGAGUUGGCCCAGUAAUCCACAUUAAUGAGUGAUAUUGUAGUUUAUAUUCUGGUGCAAAUGAUUAAGUGCCAUAGUCUUUUCUUGUCAUUAUUUGAAACAAGUAUUUAUAAGAGAAUGUUUUUUUUUCCUAAUCUGAAACAUACUUAAGAAUCUGUUCUAUGCCACUAUCUUGGCAUAAGCUUAUAUGUAUUUGGCUUCUAAUCAGUUAAUUCCUAUUGACUGACUCUAGCAAAUGAGGAUUUGUUGUUUUCCUUAAUCCAUGUAAUGCUGUGUACAACUAUAAUUGAAAAUUAUCCCAGAAACUUUCACAGUAACAGAAUUUGAGCUGUAUUGUAAAUCACUAUCCUUCCUUCAAGGACAGGAAUUGUGUUACUUUUACUUCCUGUUGCAUAAGAAAGAAGCCGCUCUCUGUGUGUUUCAUUAGAUUCUAUAUUGUUCACUCUGGUCCAUUAAGAGAGUAUUCAUUCCUAUACUGCACAUCAUGUCAGAAGACACCUCUACACAAUGAAGAAGAGUAAGGAGAGCAAAUACUUCUCCUGUUACAAAGCUCUAUAAAGUGCUUUUGUAGACAACAAUGCAUUAAAUUUCAUCACCACUGAAGUAUGGCCACAGUGCAGUCUGGAAGAGACCAUUUAUUAUCACCAUUGCAAGGCAUCCAGGGAUAGACUAAAUGCCAUUGCCUGCCAUGUUUAGUAGAAGGAGAUGCACAGAAUGAUUCAAAACUGGGCCACGUUACAUGUGACAUGUAUUAUUACGGGUGCUGAUGUGCUCUACAUUUUUAAAAACUCUUGCAUAUUGAAUCUUACAAUACUGUCUGUCAUAUUUUUCUCUAGAAUGAGCUUAGACUUAUUUGGAUUUGUUUCGUUGAAAUAGUUCAUUUCUAAAUCUGAUUUUCAGUUUUUUCACAGAACUUUGAUGUCUUUUAGGUACAAGUGUUUGGUUACACAAAUAGUAUCUAGAACCUACUGUUCUAGACUAAUUCUCUAACAUUCCUGUCUCUUCAUUUUG